CGUCGAUCGCCUAACGAAAGAUUGCGCGGAGCACGGGCUAUUGCGGGAGCGAGCGAGUCGAGGUGUGCUGCCUAUGGCUAUUGCUGCGUCUAUAUAAACGUCGCUUUCGGUCGCCUGUCUCUUCAAUCUCGUACGUCCUUCAACAGCAGAAGCUCGCGACUGCUCCACGACUAACGACGACAACGAUGUUCUUCUUCUCCGCUCUUGCUGCUGCCUGCGCUCUUGCCAGCGUUCAGGCAAGCCCCAUCGCACCUCGUGCCGCGCUCGACGUCUACGUUCCACACAUCAAAACACCCAACUCCCAGACCGUCUGGAUCGCUGGACAGAAGGCGAACGUGACAUGGGAUACAUCUGACGCGCCUGCACAAAUCUCCAACGAGGGUUUGGUCGUCCUGAGGCAUCCGUACCCGAUUGAGACUCUGGCUGAAGGCUUCGACCUUCGCGCCGGUUUCGUCGAGUUCACCGUUCCGGGGGAUCUGGCGCCAGGCUCUGACUACACCAUCGCUCUCUUCGGGGACUCUGGCAACAUCAGCGAAGAGUUCACCAUCAAGGCAGCGUAAACUACUGCGCACUCUUUGCGCACUCGCACUAUCUUGGGACAGACGGACAUGGGAACUAUAUGGACUUCGCUCACGAACUGUUUUGUGGACAUGUUGUAUUCAGAAUCUGACCUUACGAGCGCCUUCGCAAUGCAUACCCCGAGGCUUGCACCGGA